AGGUGUUCCACUAGUCGACCAUUCGUAUGUCACGACUCACGAGUCAUGAGGAUCCCGUGACAGCAAAAUUAGCUGUACAAUAUUGAUUGUGGAAAAUUGUCAUAUUUACAUAUAUUAUUUUAAAAGUAUUGUUAAAAAUCCUUCAAUAUGGACGAGAAUCUAAAAAAUAAAAUCGAUUUAGCUUGUAGAACAGCAGAGGAAUUCACUAAAUUGUAUUAUGAUAGUUUAGAUAAGCAGAAAUAUCUAAUGUCAAAGUUAUAUAUGGACAAUGCUAUUCUAAUAUGGAAUGGGAAUGGUAUAGAAGGAAAAGACCAAAUCCAAAACUUUUGGACAGAUCUUCCCCCAUCGGUGCAUACAAUUAACUCAUUAGAUGCUCUACCUAUUACUGUGCCUGCAGUAGCUAAUCAGCAUACUUUCUUAAUUAAAGUCAGUGGUCAAGUGAAAUACCAAAAUAAGAAAAUUGGGAAAAGUUUUAAUCAAAACUUCACAAUCACUGCACUAGAUAAUAAAUGGAAAAUUGUGAGUGACUGCUUCAGAACACAAGAGUCUUUAGACAGCUGAAAAAUUGACUUUUUAAAUAAAAUUGUAUGAUUGUAUUCCAUCUAUAGUGGCAGUUAUUAAAGAAGUAGUUUGUGAUAAUAAUAUUUAAUAAGAAAUCUUCAUCACUUUUGUACCAUGUCUGUAUAAACAUAAUUUCCAAUUCAAAAUGUGAUUAUCAUUUAUAUUUUUAGAAUUAACAUUUAUAACUGUAAUGUCAUAAUAUUUUGAUACCUGAAAUGUACUUUAUUUUAGAAAUAUUAACUAAUACUGAUGUUAUUGAAAUUUAU